AGCCGAGUAUUGUUUAACUUGCUCUGUGAUGUUUGUUUAUGCGCUACGAAAAAUGUGUAACUGGGUGCUUUGCGGCAGUUUCACGACAGGUCGUGAUAGGCGCCUGUUUUGGAAAAGUUCAGGAUUGUAGUUCGUCCGGCGGAGUCGCGGCGGUGGGCUUGUCGACCUUAGUCUGGGUGUCUUAGGAGCUUUCCUCACCAUCUAAACAGCGCACACGGGUUUUCUUAUGACAGUCUGGCUUGGUCUGCGAUGGAAAGCAUCACAUUCUCGCACUAACAAGCUGAGAAUCGACCUACAUUAGCUGCUUUGGCUAACUGGAAACCAUGAGCCGCCCGGCGGCUCCGCAGCUCGCCCGCCGAGCCCGCGAAGGAGAGCUAUGAACUCUGUCACACGGACGCUGCUUCGAGUGACCGCUCCGAGCCGAUUCUGUAGACAGAUAUCCACCAGCAUGAUCAGGAGGGCUCAGAUUAAGAAGGUGCUUUGCGUGGCUGAGAAAAACGAUGCCGCCAAAGGGAUUGCGGAGAUCAUGUCAAAUGGCAGAGCAAAGAGGAGAGAGGGCUUCUCGGUCUACAACAAAAUAUAUGAGUAUGAAUAUGAUCUUCUUGGCCAAAAUGUUACUUUUUGCAUGACAUCUGUGUCAGGACACCUUUUAGCCCUUGAAUUCAAAGCCCCAUUUCAAAAAUGGCACAGCUGUAAUCCAGUAUUGCUGUUUGAUGCAGAGGUGGAAAAGUAUUGCCCUGAGAACUUUGUGCAAAUUAAGAGGACCUUGGAGAGAGAGGCCAGACAGUGCCAGGCCCUUGUCAUUUGGACCGAUUGUGACAGAGAAGGAGAAAACAUAGGUUAUGAGAUCAUUGAUGUCUGCAAAGCAGUUAAGGCCAACAUUCAAGUGUUCCGUGCUCGGUUCUCUGAGAUUACCCCCAACUCCAUUAGGAGAGCGUGUGAAUCUCUAACUGAGCCUGACAUCAAUGUCAGUGACGCAGUGGAUGUCAGACAGGAGCUUGAUCUGCGCAUUGGCGCAGCAUUUACGAGGUUCCAGACUUUACGGUUGCAAAAGAUCUUCCCAGACUCUCUUUCUAAUCAGCUCAUCAGCUAUGGGAGCUGUCAGUUUCCUACUCUUGGAUUUGUGGUGGAGAGGUUCAAAGCCAUUCAAGCCUUCAUCCCUGAGACCUUCUUUAAAAUUAAAGUGGUCCAUGAGCCUAGUGAGGAGGAAUCUGUGGAAUUCAGCUGGAAAAGACACCGCCUAUUCAAUCACACUGCCUGCCUUGUACUUUACCAGAUGUGUAUGGAGGAUCCAGUGGCAACAGUGAUUUCGGUAAUAAGUAAACCAAAAAGCAAAUGGCGACCUUUACCCCUUGACACUGUGGAACUUGAGAAGCUAGCUUCAAGGAAGUUGAAGAUAAGUGCCAAGGAGACCAUGAAAAUAGCUGAAAAGCUGUACACUCGAGGGUUUAUCAGUUAUCCUCGUACUGAGACCAACAUGUUUCCCACAAACCUGAACUUGGUUCCGCUUGUUGAGCAGCAGACUCAGGACAAUGAGUGGGGGCCUUUUGCACAAGGCAUUUUGGAGAGUGGUGGGCCCACACCUCGAAAUGGAAACAAAUCUGACCAGGCCCAUCCUCCCAUUCACCCCACUAAAUACACAAAUAGUCUACAGGGAAAUGAGAAGCGAUUGUACGAGUUUAUUGUUCGGCACUUUCUGGCCUGUUGCUCCAAAGAUGCAGAGGGCAAGGAGGUGAUUGUUGACAUUGACAUUGCUCAGGAGAAAUUCUCUGCAAGUGGACUCACAAUCAUUGCUAGGAACUAUCUUGAAGUUUACCCAUAUGACAAGUGGUAUAAUAAGGUUAUUCCAUUAUAUAUGCCCAACACAACAUUUCAGCCCACAGCGAUUGAGAUGAUGGAAGGACAGACUAGCCCACCACAACUUCUGACGGAGGCUGAUUUGAUUUCUCUGAUGGAGAAGCAUGGCAUUGGAACCGAUGCCACCCAUGCUGAGCACAUUGAGACCAUCAAAAGCCGAAUGUAUGUGGGCCUAACAGCGGAUCAGAGAUUCCUUCCUGGAGAGCUUGGGAUGGGGCUCGUUGAGGGGUACAAUUCCAUGGGCUAUGAGAUGUCUAAACCAGACUUGAGGGCAGAACUCGAGGCAGAUCUGAAGCUUGUGUCAGAGGGACGGAAAGACAAGGCAUCUGUCCUCAGACAUCAUGUGGCAAAGUACAAGGCUGUUUUCAUAGAGUCUGUCAGAAAGGCAAAAAAAUUAGAUGAGGCUCUGUCCAGUUAUUUGGGCCAGGCCCAGGAGUAUACAGAGCAAGAGGAACAAGAAUUAGAGAUGCCUCUACCAGUGCGGAAGUGUCUGCAGUGCAACCUGGAUAUGGUCUUGAAGAAGAGGAAGGAAGGCACAGGGAAGUUUCUGUCAUGCAUGGGCUAUCCAGCCUGUAAGGCAGCAGUGUGGUUUCCAGAUACAGUGCUGGAGGUCAGCAGAGAUGACAGCAUCUGUCCAACAUGCCGCCCACAUCCUGUUCACAUGCUCAAGUUCAAGUUCAAGAGGGGAAGUUUACCUCCAGGGAUGGAUCUUGAGUUUGUCGGCUGUAUUGGUGGCUGUGAUGAGACCCUGAGAGAGGUUCUGAAUUUGAAAUAUCUCCGGGGAGGAGGAGAUUCCGCCACUCAGGUUAAUCACAGUUUGGCUUCCCAUCAGUCUAACCCUCCAAGAGCCAAUGCAGCACUUCAGUCCAGGUCUGAGAACAGGCCUCCACCUCCCAGACUAAAUACAGACAGCAGUAGACCCCCACUGCCCAGUUCAACACAGGCAUGGCCCAUGCAGCCAUCUUCUUCUGUCCAAGGCAAUACUAUAGUAUGUAACUGUGGCCAGGAUGCACUUCUUCUCACAGUUCGUAAAGAGGGUCCCAACCAGGGUCGUCAGUUCUACAAGUGCAGUACAGGGAACUGUAAGUUCUUCCUUUGGGCAGAUCAGUCGAAUGACCAACAAGGACCAGCAGCAAAUAGGGGAUCAACUGGUCACAGCUCUCAAACUCCUAGGCCUUCAUUUGGCUUUGCAAAUGCACCUCACCAGAGGCAAAGCACCAGAGGAUCAGCAGGAGACGGAGGAGACACUAUGUGUAACUGUAAUGAACCUGCAGUCCAAAGGACCGUCAUGAAAGAAGGACCAAACAAAGGCAGGAUGUUCCACACGUGUGGUAAACCACGGGACCAGCAAUGCGGUUUCUUUCAGUGGGCAGACGAGAAUGUGGCUCCAGUUGCUGUUGGAAACACUGGAGGUGAUGACAAUAAGUGGAAUGGCAAUAGGAAGACUGGAGCCUCUUCAAGCAAAGCCUCUUCAAGCAAAGCCUCUUCAAGCAAAGCCCCCACUGCUAAAAGGCAGAGAACUUGUGGAAUUUGCCAUGAGCCAGGACACACACGGACCACCUGUCCACAGAGACAGUGAGACAGCAACAGUUGGUGCUGUCUGCUGUUGAUCAUAUGUGGACAUUCUGUCCACUGAGUCACUUGUGUAUUUUGUAUGAUUAUUUUUGUUUAAAAAAUGUUAUACUUUUAUGGAAUAAAACAACAUAAAUAAGGA